CGUUCCGAUCGAACACACGAGACUAAUUCACGUACGAAACAAAGAAUGCCGGCCAGCCCUGAGCAGCAGUUGAAGGAGAUCACCAAGGUCGACCUCCGAGGGCUGGAGCCUGGCCGGCCAGGGUGGGACGAAGCCCGGGACGCGGUGACCACGUCCAUGGUGGCGCACGGCUGCGCCAUGGUCCAUGUCCAGCACGUCGGGCUGGACGAGGACAUCCGGCAGGCGCUGUUCGGCCGCGCCAUGCCGGAGCUGUUCGCGCUCCCCGCGGAGGCCAAGCAGCGCAACGUCAACAGCGACGUGCAGUACGGAGGGUACAUCGGGCAGAUACCCGGCAUGGCGUACGAGAGCAUGCGCAUCAAGGACAUCACCGACGCCGUCCACAUCAGCGACUUCGCCGGUCUGCUCUGGCCGCAGGGCAACCCCGCCUUCUGUGACACGGUCGGGGAGUUCGCCAAGAAUGCUGUCAGCCUGGAGAAGACGGUGACGAGGAUGGUCUUGGAAGGCCUGGGCGUCCGGGACGAGCACGCCCUCGACUCGCACCGCGACCAGCUCUGCUACAGCUUCCGGAUGUCCUACUAGAGCAUCUGCCCGGACAGGGGCGGACCCAGGACAAAAAUGACCGGGGGUCCCAUGUCUAUUACAUAUAUGUGGAUAUCAAGUCAUAAUGUAGAUAAAAGUAAUACACUUAUAACAAUAUAAUAUACCUAGAAUACCAUAUGACGAUGAAUAUGAUUGCAAAAGGUCCAAAAUAAAGAGUUCGCUUGAAAUAUUAGUUGAUUGCUAGAAACUGAACAGUAAAUGAGAACCAAAGUUUUCAA